AUGUCUAUAGGGCCCACCUCCCAAGCUUACUUAAUCUCAUACCUUUUCGUACACCUUCCUGCUUCUACGGAAGUGUCCAAUCAUUAUCUACGCCUGUCGCCCAAUUUUUCAUCCAUAACCGAAACCAUGGGCAAGCGGAAGAAGUCGAGCAGACAACCACAGGGACCAAAGAAGAGAGAGCCGUUACCUUCAACGUUUGCAUGCUUGUUUUGCAAUCACGAGAACUCCAUUGUUGUUAAACUUGACAAGAAAUUGGGCCUGGGGAAUUUGUCUUGCAAGGUGUGCGGGCAAAGAUUCCAGACGGGUAUCAACUAUCUUUCCGCCGCCGUUGAUGUAUAUUCUGACUGGGUGGAUGCUUGUGACGCCGUGGCCAAAGACGCCGCUAACAAGUAUGAAGAACGUGACGCUCGUGGCAUGCGUUUAAACGAGUAUCCUGUUUCUUACGAGUCACGGGAGACUGGAGCAGUAAUUGGUGAGAGCAGGAAAAGUGACGCCGAUGAUUUCUAA